AUGUCUGAUUCCAAGGUGGCCGCGGCCAUUGCAAGCGGCAAGGUGCCAGAGGGCGUCACCGAAGCGUUUCUCAACGAAUCCAAGGACCAGCCCGCCAUCGUUGCUAUUGUCAUUGUGGCGGUACUAACAAGCUGUGUGGUUAUCUGCCGUCUGGUCUCGCGAGCAUUCGUCGUCAAGCGUGUCGGUGUUGACGAUGGUCUGGCCUUGGGAUCUCUGACUUGCUUCAUCACAUUUGUCGCUCUUUGCAUUCAUCUGAUACGAUUGGGAUCGGGUCGCCACUUUGCGUAUAUUGAAAACAUUCUCGACAACGACACCAUGCUGUUGACGCAGCUGCUCGACUUUAUCGCCCACAUCAUCUACACGAUUGCGCUUCUUCUGUGCCGUGUUUCUGGGUUGGCAUUCUACUACCGACUCUGCAAUCUGCAUCGGAAAUUCAGAAUCACGAUACAAAUCGUUUUUGGAAUCUUGGUUGCAGGCUUCAUACCGCAAAUCUUACUGUUGAUUUUCCACUGCAAACCGGUGACAGGAUAUUGGCCAUACGACUUUCAGCCCGAAUUCCACCAAUUCCAAUGUUUGCAAUGGGGGCUGGUCUACAGUGUUAACUCUUCGGUGUCGUUGCUGUGCGAUCUACUCAUCUUUGGUAUUCCUAUUGCAAUGCUUUGGACCUUGGAGAUGAGCCGCAAGAAGAAGAUUCAGCUUGGGUCUAUUUUGCUGCCUGGUAUUCUUGUGAUUGCCAUUUCCAUCGCGCGACUAGUUUUGGUUAUCCGUGGACAGUGGGAAGCCGACAUGUCAUGGGAGUACAACCCAAUGCUCGGAGUUGAGGUCGCCGAGAUUGGUGCGACUUUAAUCGCGCUCUCUGUUCCAGGUGUCAAGCCCAUCUUCGACAAGUUUGUGCUGGGCAAAAAGGAUGUCAGCGACGCUUCUGGAUCUACUGGAAAUCGGAUGCAGAACAGGACCACCGACUCGGGCGCGACUAAGCUUGGCACGUUGCGGCGGCGGAGCCAGCAGCUCGGCAGCCGAGAAGAGAUAUUCAACCCCAACUACCAGGCGGCGGUGAGUGCCGGUCACUAUCUCAGUACGGAUGAUUUCCACAGCACCAAAUCAACCGAUGGCAUUUAUGUCAAGGUAGACUUUGACAUUAAAGAGGGACAAGCCCGCGGCCACUGA